UAUACACUGCACCAACGCUAUCCCCACCUCUAGCUUGGAAUACCCCUAGCCUCCGUCAUUUGACGGCUUUUUGGCAUUCCGAUUCACGGCGCCGCUGACGACGUGGGGUUUUUACAAAGUAAACAAGUACCACAACUAAACCUAAAAGAGGAAGAAAGAAAAUAUGGCGGAAGAGGCCGUGCUCAGAUAUCUGGAGAAGAACGAAGAGAUAUCCGACUCCGGCGAGUUCGCGGAGGAUCGAGGUUUGAGCCAUGACGACAUCGUCAACAUUAUUAAGAGCCUCAACGGAUUCAGACUUGUUGAUGCUCAGGAUAUUAAGAAGGAGAGAUGGGUGCUCACGGAUGAGGGAAAAAAGUAUGCUGAAGCUGGAUCUCCCGAAGUCCAACUCUUCUUGGCUAUACCAGCGGAGGGUAUUGCACGGGAAGACUUGCAGAAAAAGCUGGAGUCCUCUAUUUUCAAGAUCGGUUCCCAGCAGGCCAUAAAGAAUAAAUGGAUCGAGAUGGGAAAGUCACAAGUUUCCAGAAAGGUUCAGCAAGUUGAGGAUAAAAUUAAAAUUUUACUUCUACAGAUCCAAAAUGGAGAGGCAGUAAGUUCGGAGGAUAUUGACGCUCUUAAAAGAAGAAAGCUUAUUACUCAACAAAUAUGGAAAGGUUACUCAGUCAGAAAGGGUCCCAAAUAUGCUCCGAAAAGGAAAAAAGCUGCCACUGAUCUUACACGAGAGAAUAUACAGAGGGGCGACUGGAAGGAAUUGGAGUUUAAAGAGUACAACUUCAGUGCUAAAGGUCAACCACUUGAAGGUGGUCAUCUACAUCCGUUGCUCAAGGUACGGCGUCAAGUACAGAUGAUUUUUCUUCAGAUGGGAUUUGAGGAGAUGCCAACAAAUAAUUUUGUGGAAAGCAGCUUUUGGAAUUUUGAUGCGCUUUUCCAGCCACAGCAACAUCCUGCGCGUGAUUCACAUGAUACAUUCUUCUUGAAAGAACCUUCUACUACAAAGACACUGCCUGAAGAUUAUGUGGACCGGGUCAAGGAAGUUCAUGAAAAUGGUGGUUAUGGGUCUCGAGGGUAUGGAUAUGAGUGGAAAAGGGAGGAAGCAAAUAAGAAUCUUCUCAGGACUCAUACAACUGCUGUUUCUUCGCGGAUGCUGUACUUGCUUGCACAGAAACCUUUCGCUCCCAAGAAGUACUAUUCAAUAGAUCGUGUUUUUCGAAAUGAAGCUGUUGAUAGGACUCAUCUUGCUGAGUUUCACCAAAUAGAAGGUGUUAUGUGUGAUAGGGGACUUGCCCUUAGUGAUCUGAUUGGAGUUCUUCAUGAAUUCUUCUCUCGUUUGGGCAUGUCCAAGCUCCGUUUCAAACCUGCAUAUAAUCCAUACACGGAACCCAGCAUGGAAAUUUUCAGUUAUCAUGAAGGCUUCAAAAAAUGGGUGGAAGUAGGAAAUUCUGGUAUGUUCAGACCUGAGAUGCUGCAACCUAUGGGGCUUCCUGAAGAUGUUCAAGUUAUUGCCUGGGGCCUUUCUCUGGAAAGGCCUACCAUGAUCCUCUAUGGAAUUGAUAAUAUCAGAGAUCUCUUUGGCCACAAGGUGGAUCUUGGACUCAUUAAGAGAAACCCAGUAUGCCGCCUUGGUCUCCAGUAUAUGGACUCGGCUUAGCUUUAUCUGCUGUUCAUUCUUUUUAACAUUUUAACUGAUAACUGUCAUCAAGGAGAGCAUCAAAGAGGAAGUUCUUUGUCGAAAAUAUAGUAUAUCGUCUUGAGGUUGAGGCUAUAGAUGAAACUGAUUGAUAGAUGCAAUUCCAAAGCAUCUGUAUUAAGGGCCUUGGGAGACCCUAAGCAUUCUUUUUUGACAAUGGGUUUGUUUGUUGUUUCUUUGCUCAAUGGAUUGAUUUAUACUUGUUGCACAAUA